CAUGCACCUCUUUCAUACACUUCCUGUUUGUGAGGCAUGUGUGAAGCGUAGAAGUCUUUGAGCGCAGCAGAGAGCUACAACCAGAUACUCGAGGCUGAUUUCACUUCGCUGCACUGCCUGCCAUGCCCAGGAUGUGGGUUUGCCUGUUAAACCGUGAUGUGUGUGUUGAAUGAAUGGCUAGCAGUAAGCUGAAGACCCUUCAGGACUCUUUUGAUGCAUACAGAAGCGAUGAAUGCUGGAUGGUAAACUGCAGAAACUGAGCAGUAAGGAUGCAGCACACGUCGUGCACAGAGGACAGGAUCCAGCACCUUCUGGACAGAUGUCUGGACGGGCUGAGACAGAGCCCAACAGCAGCUCACCACUGGAACGUGCUGAUGUGCUCUGCCGGUCAGUCAAUGAACCGCUGGAGCCUGGAGGAGCUGGUGAAGAGGGACCCUGAGAACUUCAUCAUCCUCUUACAACAGAUCCUCAAGAAGACCAAAGAGGUUCAGGAGCAGUGUCAGUAUGAGCUGGUGACUCCACUCGCUAUUAUGUUUUCCUCCACGUUGCUACAGACUCCAUACUGUCCUCCAGACAAAGAGCUGAUUGAGAAAGCUAUUGAGGUGUUUCGCUUCUUCCUCACCUGGCCUGAGCCUUACUGCAGUGUCUGCAAAGACCUCCUCUCAACUCUACAACUGGAGAUCAAGGCUCCCGGGAUUUCCUUUCAGAGACUGGUGAGAGAAGAACAGUUCCUUAACUCCCCUGGCCAGAGCUCCAAGACCAUGACGGUGCUGUUGAUGAACCCGUGCGAGGUGCCCGCUGACUUUCUCUCAGUGGCCGAGCAGCUCAGUCGCAUACAGCACUCACAGGAAGAGACCUACAUCAACCUGAUCAAACACGCCUUCCAGUCCUCACUAGGCACCAAGUACCCUCUACAAAGCAUCCAUAGAGCCCUGCAGGCAAAAAAUGUGAAUGAAUUGGGGUCGAUCUUCUCCACGAUAAGUGAUGUCUUAGAGGCCGCUGCGGCUAUGAAGGACCCUGUGAAGGGUCGCAGUCAUGUGAUGCAGGGGCUCGAGCAACUGAGGGAGAGCAUGAGAGUCCCAGCAUCCAAUGGAAGAAGGUCUGAUGGAAUGCUACAAACUCUACCCUUGCCUACAGCCAAGUGUUACAUGUUUCACUGGGAAAAAGAUAACUUUGAUGUUCUGAACACACUUCUGGAACAUGAGCCUGAUGACCAGGAAACAAAUGGGCAUGCUGAGGAAGAAGAGGAGGUGAACAUUGAUGAUAAUGAUGAUGAUGAUGAUGAAGAUGAAGAGGAGGGGGAGGAGGAGGAGGAAGAGGAUGUGACAAGUCGUGAUAACGGAGAAGUAGAGGGAGAAGAAGAGGACGGACAUGGAGUAGAGUUGCCUUCAAUAUCUAACAUACUUCAUACAUACAAUCCCAACCAUCGUGCCUCCACCAUCUCUUCCGUGUCCACCGCCUCCAAAGACUCCAUGUUCUCCACCUUGUCUGUAGCCUCAGAGUCCUACGCUCCGUCCCACUACUCAGUCACUUCUGGAGCUGAUAGUGACUACUUUGAAGAUUCUGACGACUACCUCUGCUCCUCUCCUGUCAGAUGUUCGCCAAAGCCAAUGACCAAAGCUCGGCUCAGCCAGCACUUGUACCGGCUCUUCAGCAAACCCAAACUAAAUCGGGCCAAAAGCUUAGGAAACACAGAAUCCAAAGACCUUUUAGUUGUGCGAGACAAACCCCGCUCCAACUCUCUGCCGCAACAGGUUAAGUUACGUUGUACUGAGCCCUUUUUCCAGCCACCAAGUCAAACUCUCAGACAUGUGUGCUUCAGAAGGAGGCCCAUUCUCAGCAGUGACGAGGACAAUCAGAAUACCACGCUGAGGGUGGUGGUGUUUGGUGCUGAUCACGUAGCAGGGAAGGUGGCCAGAGCCUACAAUAGCCUGAGGAGGAAGGAGAGUGGGUGUCCACGUCUCAGCAGGGUGUUCAGGCUUCAGUUCUACUUUGUGCCCGUGAAGAGGGACUCUGCAGCAGGGCAGGGGAGUUUGAAGUCUCAGGGUCCUGUGGUUCAAAGUCCCAAAGGAGCAACCCUGUCUAAUGAUCCUCACCUCACGGCCACAGGGGACAGCACUAAUGACAUUGCCAACCUCCUUGGAAUGUUGGACCCUUGGUACGAAAGGAACAUCCUAAGCCUGAUGAACUUGCCUGCCAACGUCGUCUGCCAGCAAACCUCAAAGACGGAGUCAGAGUCAUAUGAUAGUUCAUAUGAGCAGCGCUUGCCCAUCCUGGCCGAUCUGGUCCUGUACUACUGCCGCAACGCUUCCCGGCCAACUCUCAUCCAGCUCUAUCAGGCCGAGCUGACAUUAGCUGGUGGAGAGAGGAGGACUGAGGUAUUCGUCCACUCCCUAGAGUUGGGUCACACUGCAGGAACACGAGCCAUAAAAGCCAUGGGUGCUGCCAGUAAACGGUUUGGUAUUGACGGUGACAGAGAAGCAGUGCCCCUGAAGUUGGAGGUGGUGUCCAACAGGGUGGUGAUCAGUGGGAGAAGCCAGUGGAAAAGAGAAACCAAAGUCUGUACGUCAGUAAAUGUAACCAAAGCAUGCAAGAAUCCCGAGGAACUAGAUGCAAAGAUGGAGUGCCUACAGCUCACGAUGACUGAGGUCCUGAAGAGGCAGAGCGGUAAAUGCAAGAAGGGUUACAACCAGCAGCUGAGCACGACAGAGGUGAAGGUGGACAAGGUGCAGGUCAGCGGUGCUGAAAACACAACCUUUGCUGUAUGUCUGGACCAGGACGAGAAAAAAAUACUGCAGAGUGUUACAAGAUGUGACAUAUCCGUGUGUUAUAAACCCGACAGCUCCACUGACUGGAGGCUAAGGAAAGCUCCGAGCUCAGCUCAAAUCCAGCCUCUCAACCCCACCUUCUGCUCCCUCCUCUGCCUGCCCAUAGUCACUUUCAGUGGGGCUCUUCCCUGAGACUGCUGACCACUGGACAGGAUGGUCAGAAAGGAAAUAGUAUGUGCACUUAGCAAUACUCUGUUGUUUUAAAGUUCACAUGAUGGUGGCAUCAAACGGCAGAUGGAUGCAACUGUUUGAAACACUGCAACCUGCUCUGAAAGACUCAUCGGGAAACAGCAGACAAAUGCAUACCUAAGAACCUGAAAGACAAAGAAUAAAUAUACAUGCAGUCAUACUAAUGAUGAGCAGGCCAGCGUUGUCUGUAAAGACAAUACCUAACUGUUGUGAAGGAAACUGUUCGAGUUUCAUUUAACUGGUUUUGGUUCUUCUUUCCCUGCUGACAGGGAAGUGACUGAAGCCACAGUAAUUAUUCAAUGUAAUUUGGGAAAACAGGGUUAAUCUGCAGCUCAGGCUUGAAGGUGAGAUGGCAGACAAACUGGCAUGAACAUGUAGAAAUAAGCCUCGGACCUAUCAGGAGAUGGAUGUAAAAAGGUAGACAUCAUCUUGGUGUCAAAGUUCGGAAAAGGUUUCUCUUGACCAAUCGACAUGGGCACAGGAACCAGGGGAAUUGUACACCUGUUGACCAGUCUUUGAUGCCUCCAUUAGGAAUGAUUAUGCGACUAUAUCUGAGAAUGUAAAUAAUAUGUUUGUAAAAUACUGUAUGCAUGUAAUUACUUGGAUGUUACACAAACAUGUUUUAUGACUGUUAUACAUGGGCUUAAGUGAUAACAUUUCUCCUAAGGAGUUACAAUGAAGUAAAUGUAAAUAUGACCAGCAGGGGGUGCUGUUGACUUUCUAACUGACUUCAGAUGAAGUACAGAUUACUUUAACAAUCCAGAUUUAGCAAAACACAAUAUAAAGAAUCACUUUGUAACAUAAAUGUAAUUUAUGUAAAGAUAGCUUAUUUUAGCUUUUGCAGAGUGCUAACCUUUAUUUCAUCAACAGUAUAGGAGAAAAAAAUACAUGUUAUAUUGUGGUGCUAAAAAGAUCUUUAUAUAAAAAAACAAAUGAAUUGCACUUUGCAUACUUGUAAACCUUGACAUUUAACUAAAUAUAUAUUUUUUAUAUUCUCUAAAGAGAUAAUAACCUGAUCCCCUGACCAAGACUGAAAAAAGUAGCACUGCACAUAAAUAUAUUGUAUAGAAUUGAAGCACUUGAACAUUAGAUUGGAUAAUUAGGUACUUUUCUGUUCAGAUAAAUGCUCUAUGUGCCUUCUGUGAUGGAAAUAUUAUAAAUGCAAUAAAGUAUUUUUAUGUGUAUCAACUAUG